AUGUCUUGUCAAGAACCAGGCGUACGACUUUCGAUCAACCUCCGAGAGCGCUGUCGAAUGCACGACCUGAACGAGGCGCUCGACGACUUGAGGGCCGUCAUACCGUAUGCCCACGGCGGAUCCGUCAGGAAGCUCAGCAAAAUCGCGACCCUUCUGUUAGCCAAAAACCACAUCAUCAUGCAGGUUUGUUUCAGUUUUGAACAGAAUUUUAAUUCUCAAGUUAUUCAAAAUAACUUCAAACUUUAUCGGACCACCAAUUGAUCACGUGUUCGAAGGGAUCUAGUGAAAACUCGAAAUUUAGAGCUGAAGAGUUCUGGAACAUAAAAAGAAUUGUUCUAGUGAUAACUUGAUCGAUUUUUUUCUAAUUAGAAAAAAACAAUUUUGACUCUUUUUUUCUUUCGCCAUCAACCCAUAACGGAAAAAUUUUUAUAUUGAAAUGUAUAAAAAAAUUUUUUUCGAUCUACCUGCCUGAAACUUUCAUUAAAUUCUCCAAUUUGUUUUUUUUACAUAUUGAAUUUUUUUCCUUUUUCGACUUAUAGUUCAGUGUCAAGUUUCCUCUAAGAAGCUAAUGUUUUCCUCUCUUCUUUCAAAAAAAAAAAUUUAGAAAAAAAAGAAGCCAUGUUUUUUUUCCUAUGGUUAACUUUUUAUUUUUCCUGUAUUUAAAAAGUUGUUCUUUCGAUCAUAUUGUCAUAUCAUGGUUUCUAUCUGAUAUUUUCAAAAUCGAAAUUUCAGGCGAAAGCCAUUGAAGAGCUUGGGACCGUCGUUUCCCAACUAAAAUCCCAGUUACAGUCGUCAACUCCUGCAGCCAACAGUCAAUCUUCAACGUCUAACAACUCCUAA